AUGGUUGUACCGCCGCCAAUGGUGCCGAGUCUGAUCCUGCAGAUGAUGACCGUAGCCAUGAUAUCCAUUGACAGGCAAAUAGUCUACAAUAAGAUACUGGAGCGCAACACACAUCUCCACGAUUAUGACUAUAUUGUUGUGGGUGCCGGUGCUUCCGGAGCUGUAGUAGCCAAUCGGCUAACUGAGGAUCAGUCAGUUCGGGUACUGUUGCUCGAAGCCGGAGGUCCGCAGACAGUAGUUACCGAUAUACCUGGCCUUAGUGAACGACUAGUCGACGAUCCGCAAUACGACUGGCGCUAUCGGACGGUACCACAGAUACACUUUACCAACUCACCGAUGGACGCCAACUUAGGUAAGGCUAUCGGCGGAUCGUCCACUAUCAACGGUAUGCUAUACAAUCGGGGCAAUCGCCGUGACUUUGAUAACUGGCGUGACCAGUACGGUGCCCGCGGCUGGUCAUACGAUGAACUAUUGCCGUAUUUCAUUAAAUCCGAAAAUAAUACCGACGGGAAACUGGUCAGCGAAAAUCGUGAAUUUCACGGUACUAGCGGACCGAUAGCUAUAUCGACAGAUCCCGAUCCUCAUCCCAUGUUAUUACUGCAUAAUAAGGUACUGAAUGAUUUGGGUAUACCUACCUUGGAUGUCAAUGGGGACAGACAAUUGGGUACAACCCUAAGUCAAUCGUUUCUGGCCGAUGGCCUACGAUCUAGUACUGCCAACGCCUAUAUAGAUCCCAAUCCUCACGAAGAUAAUAUGCAUAUCAUUACCAGUGCAUUGGUUACUAAAAUAUUGUUUGACGAUAAGUCACACCCGAUACGGGCCAUUGGUGUCCAGUUUGAGCACAAGGAGGCCAGUCAUACUGUCUAUGCCAAAAAAGAGGUCAUACUAUGUGCAGGUGCCGUACGUUCACCACAGUUGCUAAUGCUUAGCGGUAUCGGACCGGCCGAUCAUUUGGAAAAAUUUCACAUACCAGUGCUCCAGGAUCUGCCCGUAGGCGACAAUCUACAAGAUCAUCCAGCAGUUACCAUACAUACCCUAAUCAAAGAUGCUGCCAACAAUGGUCUGGCCAAUAGGCCGGCACUGUUGAACACACAGGAACUGUACGAGUUGUUUGUCAAACGUGGCGGACCGCUGGCCUACGCUACCGAUACCCUGAGCUACUUUAGUUCAACCAAUAAUUCCGAUCCUCAGUGGCCAAACAUUUUCUACUAUACAAAAGUACAGUACAUUCAAAAUUUGAAUGUUAUUUCCAGCGAACAUCCGACUUCACAGCUGGAAUGGCAGGAAUACUAUCGACCCUAUCUGAAUCAAUAUCUAUUUCAAAUUGGUCCACACCUGUACCGGUGCCGAUCGUACGGCUCGAUACGUUUGCAGUCGACUGAUCCGAAAGUACAGCCCCUAAUCGACCCGAACUUUCUGGCCCAUCCACAGGACAGGGAGGAUUUCAUUGAAGUCAUCCGAUUUGCCCUAUGGAUGGUCGAGGAGUCCAAACUGGCCCAGUAUUUGACUCAGUUGGCACCGGUACUCGGCUGCCGCUACUGUAAGGAUAGGCCACAAUGGAAAUGCGAUUCCUAUAUCCAGUGUCUGAUGGUUAAGACCGGUAAGACUGGCUAUCAUUUGACUGGCGGUAAUCGUAUGGGUGAUCCUCGACGUAAGGAUACAGUAUUGGAUCCGGACUUACGGGUUAAACAUGUCCAGGGGUUACGUGUUUGCGAUGCAUCCGUUAUGCCCGAGAUUAUCAAUGCCAAUACCUAUGCAAUAUCGGUAGCAAUUGGCGAAAAAUGUGCCGAUUUAUUGAAACAACAACAACACAAUCAUUGA